GUCUCUAUCUGUGUUGUUCUCAUGCAGACCUGGUAGAGAGCAUGCGUCAGGCCGAGCUCUGUGACUGGGCGUUGGAUUCGACGCUCUUCACCUCGCUAUGUGAUUCACUCAACCGAUUCUUCACUCAGAAGGGUCUCAUUAAUUCAUCUUCUGGUGGUCCCUCCUCUUUUGGACAAAUGGCCCCACCUCCUAUCAAUAUGCCGACCACUAACCUUCCCAGCCUGGCUAGUUUAACUCAACCAUCUCCACUCAUCUACUCCUCCCAACUCCCUCCUGGUACUGGUGAACCUCCCAUCCAAAGUCCCAGGAGAAUCCUGACCCCUCACACCCAGAACCAGACAGCACAGAGAUCCCCGGGGCUGCAGCCCACCACAAGCCAGCCACUGACUCCUAACGCACUUCAAACUCAACCACUGUCCCCAACAGGACGUCCACACUUCAAGAAAGGCAACAGUGAGGAAAUCCAGGAUGAUUUUGAUUGGGAUUCAUUGAUUGAAUAAUUUAGUUUUCCGAUAUACAUAUAAAUACACAGUAAAGAAAACAUGAGCUAAUUAUUGAGGCACGAGUCUGUCAAAAAGGAAGUCAGGCUAACCCAUUCAUCCCGUUUCAUUUGUAUGUGGAACAAGAGCAGCACCAUUGUAACAAUGAUCAUCAUUCAGCUGUUUGUUUCCGUUCAGUUCACUUCUGCCUUAUGAUAGAUACGGCACAAUGGUGCUGCUAUAGUCAACUGUAUGUUGAAGUGCUGGAGACAAAUGAUAACCAACACUAAAUUGUCAGGUUAACCAAAACGUACAAUGCAAAAUAUUUAUCAGG